AUGAAUCUCGCGGCCGUUGACCGUGUUGGCCCCUUAAUGCAAGGCCCGACUACAUCCUUGACUUGUAGUUCGACGCUUAGUAAGAAGCUGAGCCUGACAGGGGUUUUGGAUCGGGCCGGGUUCGAUGAUCCUGUCGACGUCGAUUCCGGAUAUGCGACAGGAGCGAGCACGACGCCCAAGUCCAUCGAGAAGCAGCACCUGUCUGCUUCGCGUUCCGAUCAAACUCCAAGCAACAGCCGAUCACUGCCGGGAACCUUUAAGCAUGGCAAAUUACUGGAGUUCGACCAGGCAGUGUCGAAUGACACGAUCGAGCAGUACAAGCGGAUAGCUGUCCAACUGGAAGUAUCACUAGUUGAAUACAUCCAGAAGCACUACCGAACCCAUUCACCUAUGAGCAUGAGACUCAUGGUCCUGGGCCAGAACGCAGAUUGCGCAAAACCCUGGAUAGUCGUGUUUUGCCAUGAAAAGCGUGAACGUUACGUGCGUCGAUUCUUCAACAAGCGCUUUGCUCGCGACCUAUGUCAGCCUCAAGAGCUUGGAGCAGCCUGCUUCGACGUUCUUGUCCUCGCUCACAGACUUCAACUAACGAGCGGCUCCUUGGUGGACGUGUUGACGGACUACGAUUUCGCUGUCAAUACCUUAAGCGGUGUUCCUAUUCUACUAUCACAGCCUGAUGGAAACCGAUGCGGCACCCUUGGUGGCCUUAUUAAAAUCACGCGCGAACAAGGAGACUAUGGGAUCUACGGCCUCACAGCGGCGCAUCUACUAGGCCCGCUAUCUAGCUCCUCGAUAGAUGAAGCGGACACAAUAUCUGACACGCGGAGCGACGAUGGAAACAGUACUGACUCUACAGACGAUGACGAUGAGAAUGAUUAUUAUCAACAUACAGAUUCUGUCGCAGACGUACCCUCAUCGCCUACGAAAUGCGCCAUUGAAGAGGAGGCCGAGCCUUCUAAUGUUAAGGGCUGGUGCCCUUUAGGCCAGGUCCAUGCUUCAACAGGUGACUUGCCAUCGGAUCAACCCAGCCGAGGCCCGCGUCACGACUGGGCUCUUGUCACUAUCAACAAGAACGCCAACUUGCGACCAAACCGCUUGAGGUCCACUACUCUUAGCAAGCUUCGUGAAGCCGACUUGCUUGCGCCCAGUCCGGAGAAGAUGGAACUCUCGAGGAGCCGUCAUGUGGCGCUAAAUACUUACGGCGAAUGUUGUCAGACCGGCACUCUAGACUAUCUACCGUGUUCGGUGUGGUUGAACCGCAGUGUAGGAUUUGUGAAGGCUUUCCCACUCAAGAUGAACGAAGGAGCCCAUAUCAAAAGAGGCGACUCUGGGGGAUGGGUUGUCGAGUACCACACACUGGAGGUGUAUGGGCACCUAGUCGCAUCUGAUGUCCUCGGAGAUGGAUACGUGAUCCCUCUCCUAGAUACACUGGAAGAUAUCCGGGAACGGACCCAUGCACAAGAUGUCGGGCUUGCUACCGGAGUGGAUAUCACCUGCAAGCUCGGUGAUGCAUAUAUCAAACUCCCACAACCUGCUACUCGAUAUCAUGAUUCUGGCUAUGCUUCUGCAGAUAUAUCACCUCCUUGGCAUCCCUGCCGCAACAACUAUAGAAAUCCCUGCCACCCCUAG